UUAUGGAUGUUUGCCAGAGUUGAAGAGCCCAGAGUUAUCAGAGAGCAGCCUUUUUAGUUACAUCCACCAAUACAUCCAGUCAUUGGAGAGGAUGCCAGCUUGGACAUGAUUGAAGGAAUAAAUGAGAAGAUCCGAAAGCGUUUCAAAAAUUUGAAAUUAUCAAAUAGUAACUGUGCUAAAAUAUGUAAGCAUGCUUCUGUUGCUUGGUGUCGAUCCAUUCUUAUUAGUUUGGCCUUGAUCACACCAUUACCUGCUAAAAACACAAGCGUUCAGGCUCCUUUAACCAUAGUUGCUGGUUCAAAACCUAGCCUGCUGCUUUAUGUUGAUCUGCAAACCAAUGACCUAUGGAGUUCAUCAUUUGAAGAUCCAGUUCUUCAAAAGGCUCUUGAAAUGAAAUGGAGCCAAGUUCUGUUCACAAUGAAGCAUGUCCAUAUCAAGCAAGCAUCAGAAGAAAAUAUAGAGGCAACCGCCACUUUACUGAGAUGCACCUACAACUUUUACCGAGAGAGCUCAUGUGGAACACUUCCAUCAAGUAUUAACCUGUAUACUAUACCAUCUCAUAUAACAACAGAAGGACCAUGCCAACCAUCUAAGGACAAUGUCGACUACCUUGAUUUGAGCACCUUGAGGAAGCUUCUCUUGUGGGCAUACAUGCUGGUGCAUGGUCGUUACUUAAAAAUUCUAGUAGUUGUAAAGCAUUGCGAAGAAAAUGCGAAGUUUGCCAGAUUUGAAGAGCCCAGAGUUAUCAGGGAUGUGCACAGGAUUAAUAGUAGGCAGUUCCCAUGUCAAAUAGCAGGCAGUAGCAUUCUCUAGGCCUUCUUCAGCCCUUCAGGCAGCUAAUUCAAGCCCAACAGCAACAGUAGCAACACCAAUACUUCCAACCACUAUAGGAAGGGAUGUGCACAGGAUUAACAGCUCAUGACAUGUACCAGACUGCCUUGGAAGUGGCACCGAAGGAAGCCCAGAUCCCUCUAAUGGCAGAUGGAAUACCAGGCCUGAAGAACUGGUGGAAGAGAUCGCUCAGGUUGUGGGGGAUGGACGAGAAGACAUUAAAGAGGAGGAUUUACAACGGAUGUCAUAUCUGAAGGCAGAGUGAUCAUUUUAGAAAAGAGCAAGGAAUUGUUGGAUUAUAGAAGCCUCGAAAUGAUAUGUUGUAUUGAAAUUGGAAAUUGGAAUUGAAAUUGAAAUGUGUACUAGAAAAGAAGGAAAAGAUUAUUAUGGGUGAAUCAUUCUAUUGUCUUUUUCUUCUAUUUGUGUAAUUAUCUAGCAUA